AUGGUGCAGAAAGCUCUGAAUGUGAAAGAGCUUGUGCAGCAGUCGUGGCAGCCAGCUACGCUCGAGAAUAUAUGCAAUGAUCAUCAGUACACGGUCGAGAUCAUGUCUCUUGAUCCGCUCAUCAUCUACAUCAACGGGUUCUUGUCUCAAGGCGAGACAGAAUACCUCGUGAAGAGCAGCACGGAGUACACCGGACGGCGCUCGAAUGGCGAUGGGCAAACCAGCAACGCGCCGAAGUCAUAUAAGGUAUCCAAGAACGAUAGUAUCAUGCUCUGCGUUGGACAACGAGCACUGGACUUCCUGGGUUUCCUCGAGCAUGAUGACUUUGAGGAGCCUUGGUUUGUGAGGUACGAGCCGGGACAGAAGUUUGGACUUCAUGUUGAAAGCGCCGAGGCGCCGUAUACGGACGAAGAUGGCAGCCUCUACAACAAGCUGGCCACCUUCUUCGUGUAUCUCGAGGCGGAUUGCUCAGGCGGCGAGACCUACUUUCCUUUUCUGCCGUCUGUUCCUUCUGACGCAAAUGGGAACAAGUUCUCGAGGACUGCAAGCGGGAAGGGAUUGGUGUUCCGGCCGAUACGUGGAAAUGCGGUCUUCUGGCUGAACAAUCAUCCUAAUGGUACUGUGCAUGAGUCGACGGCGCAUAUGGGCUUACCCAUCACGGAAGGCAAGAAAAUUGGGAUGAAUAUCUUUACAAAGCAGAGGUGGGUUGCCCAAUAG